AACCAAAGUAUGUCCUUCCAGGACCUUGGGCUCGACCCAAGGCUUCUUAGGGCCUUGGGCAAGCGUGGCUUUACAAAGCCAACACCGGUGCAGCUCGAAGCAAUUCCGAGAACGCUAGAGGGCAAGGAUGUCGUCGCUCGCGCGCGCACGGGAAGUGGCAAAACGAUGGCAUACUUGCUUCCUUUGCUACACAAACUUCUGUCGACGGAUAACAUAAGCGGAAGCUUCAGAGCAAUCGUCCUCGUUCCAACGCGUGAACUUUGCCAGCAGGUGGGUCUUUUAAGUUUCCGGCCGCCGGCGCCGCCAACGACCAACGUCCGCGACUCCCAGCACCCCCUUCAUUCGCCCCCAUCGACGCAUGACUCCAUGCGCGUCCCCCGGUCCUGCCAGUGCAUUCUCAUGUCAGCCACCGUCAGCGAGGAGGUGGAGAGGCUGCAGAAGCUGGUGCUGCACAACCCCAUAACUCUCAACCUGGCGGGGGGGCCGGGGGGGACCGGGGCCCCGGGGGCGGCGGAGGGCGGCGGCGAGGGCCGCGGGGGCUUGGCCUCUGGGUCGGGUGUGUCGGCGGACAUUCAGCACUUCUACAUCCAGUGUCCCCGGCCGGACAAGCUGCUCCACGUGCUGGCCCUGCUCCGUCUGGGUCUGGUGCCGAAGAAGGUCCUCAUAUUCGUCAACACGGUGUACGAGGGAGUACGACUGAGGCUGUUUCUAGAGGCCUUUGGUGUACGGCCCGCGCUGCUGAACAGCGAGCUGCCGCUGAACUCCCGGUCCCACAUCCUAGCCUCUUUCAACAAGGGGUUGUUCGACUACCUCAUCGCUACGGAUGACGAUGCGGCGGCGGGCGGGAAGAAGGGCCGGAAGAAGCAGAAGGUGCUGCUGGGCAAGGCGGGCAAGGCGGCCAGGGGGGGUGAGAACGGCGGCGCCCGGAAAGACGCUGAGUUCGGCGUGACACGGGGUAUUGAUUUCAAGGGUGUUCGCACGGUGCUCAACUACGACCCUCCGUCCAGCCUGCAGGGUUACGUCCACCGCGUGGGCCGUACGGGUGAGUGGGGAGAAGAGGGGGGGCCCGGGAAAUGA